AAUCACACCAUUAAGUUAAACCUGUUUGUUUAAAAAAUCUUCAAAAACGCUGUUUUAAAUGAAGAAUUUCAAAAAUUAAAUGUUAAAUUGUCGUUCCAUUUGUAAUCGCUCACUUUCAUGAUAACAUUGUGAUGAGUUUAUUUUUAAAUCAGCCUUAUGUUAUUUUUAGACAUUAUCAGCAUUUUUAUUUUUAAACAGUCGUUCAGUUAUUUUUGUCAAUUAUCAGUGGAACAAUGAAAUUAUUUGAAAGCAUUAUUCAGGCUUCCGGCACAACGCAUUCUGCUACAGUAAUCUUUUUUCAUGGAUCAGGUAGCACUGGAAAUAACUUGAUAGAAUGGAUUCGAUUUUUGAUGGGAAGAAACUUUGACAUUCCAUACGUAAAGUUUAUAUUUCCAACAGCUCCAAUGCAAAAGCAUACACCACUCAAAGGAAAGUACAGCAGGGUGUGGUUUGAUUGCAAUAAAAUUUCAAUAUAUGAUUCGGAGCGCAUUGAAUCAUUAUCAUCAAUUUAUGAAACAGUUGAUGCAUUGUUAAAUCGUGAAAUAGAAGGUUGUGGUAUUCCUGCAAAUCGCGUCAUUAUUGGUGGUUUUAGCAUGGGAGGCGCACUAGCAUUACACACAGCGUAUCAUUUGAAAACAAAUCUCGCCGGCGUUUUUUGUGCAUCAUCUUAUUUAAAUGAAGGAUCGAUUGUGUACAGGUCGCUUGAUAAUCAUUCAAAGAAUAACUUGCCACCGCUUAAAAUGUUUCACAGUGAAAAUGAUCCAUUCAUACCAAUGAAAUGGGGAGUAAAAACAUUUGAGGAACUUAAGACACGAGGAGUUAAAGGAGAUUUUAUACCAGUUAAGAGUAAUUCACAUGAGCUGAAAUCUCGAAUGCUGAUUGAUGUUGAAAACUGGAUACGAGAAAUUGUGCCACCACUUCAAAGUGAUAUUGCUAAUAAAUUGUAAAAUUAAUAAAAUAUUUUAAAAGUUGAAC